AUGAAGUCCGCCGCGUUACAAUCACUGAUGCUAGCGACACAGAUAAAUUCCAUGAUCGCACAGUUAGCUGAAACCCAGUCUGCUGGCGAAGUGGAAAAGUUGAAAUCAGAUAACAAAGAAAUGAAACGGCGUUUGGAUGAGCUUGAGAGUUCAUCGGCAAGGGAGAGCAGUCGGUUGGAGGCCGACCUACAGAAAGCCAGGCAUGACGUCGAGGUGGCAAGACAUCAGAAUGAACGAGAGAGACGGAAGAUUCCAAGAGGAUUUGGACGAGACCAAAAAGGAGCUGCAUAUGAAGUCCGCCGCGUUACAAUCACUGAUGCUAGCGACACAGUUGUUCAGGAUAACGCGAAUGCUGAGCGACUGAAGGAAGAAAACCAACAACUAACAAACCUUCUCAAUGAUACAGAGGCAGCUCUAGCAACGGCAAAACGCGAUCUGGAAAAGAAAAAUGCGGAGAUUUCUGAGCUGAUUAGGUCAGCAGAAGAUAGCGCUGCCUCAUCAGAUCAGCUGGAAAUGUUCGAGAAGAAACUUAGCAAUGCUGAAAAAGUGCUCCAACAAGAGAUAGCCUCGAAAGUUAGUUGUUCGACUUGUUGA